AGGAAGUGGGAUUGUUCAGUGUUGUGUUGUCGUGAUUAGCUGCUAUCUGUUCGAGUUCGGGAGUUUUGUAGCGAUAUAACCGGCAAAACUAACCGUUCCGAUGAGUGUACCACAGUUACAGUUUCAAUAAAUCCAACUAGUGCUUCGAAGGAUCAUUGUUUUCGUUCGGGGAUAUGUGUAAACGUCCGAUGUUUUAGCAUAAUUAGCCCCCUAAGUGCGCUGCCGUCCCUGCUCUCGGAACGAAAGGCUGCUCUCGCCAGGGAAACCGUUCGGCGCUCUCACGCGGUUAGUCUGGUUUUGCUGGUGAUCCAUGAUACUAAUAGCAUCCAACAACAUUGCGUCCGUAUAGUUUUAGAGAUAUUUGCAAUAAAUAGUUCAAUGUGGUGUCCUUGCUACUUUUCGAUCAAGUGUUUGUCCAGUGUGUAGUGCAAUAUAACUAGUUGUAGCUGUAGAAAUUGAUAACAGACGAAAAACAACGAAAAGUUUGAACUCUUUUGUUCAUAGCACAAGUGUCGGUGAAAAAUCGUUGUACUCCGGUUCGGUCUCCUGGAAAGAGCCUCCGGAGGAAACUCUCGCGCCUCACGUUCCACUCGCUCCGCACUCUCGCAACACGCUCGGAACACCGCUAGCAGCUGUGCAGGAGUCAACAAAAACCCGUCUCUUGUACCAGGAAGGAAGGAAGUUUAUGCACAAUAAACCAAAACGGAAAACCGUGCCACUGUACGGCGAAGAGCACACCCCGAGAGUUCUCCAAGUAGAUUUUCAGAGAGAACGAAAAAGACAGAUACACUGAGAAAAGGAGCAAAUAACCACCCGCUCCACAGGGUUCUGGAAGCCUCAGAACCAUCUCAAGUGCUGGUGUGCUCUUAUCAGCGUCUCCAAGGUGUUGGCGAGUGUUCGCACCAGUUCUCUUUCUCUCUUCUACUCUUCCUGCGAGGCAGCGCUCUUGUACUCGCCCACCAUCCCAGCUAGGCCCGCUUCUCGUCGUCCAGAUCCAGUGGCCGUGUCUGCGUGAAAGCCAGACUCGUCCUCCAUUGUUUGAUUGUGUGAAAGUGAAAUAUCAACACAACCUUGCACCCUUUCCCUGCCCCGUAAAAUCGCAAAAGUGAAAAUCUUAUUCUCUCCGAGUCUCGUCGCCGCGUGCGCUAGUGUUAGUGUCAAUAAUCACGAGUUCUUUUGUGUGAAGGCAUUUUCCUGGCUGGCUGGCUGGCUGUUAUUGUUGUUGUUUUCACUGCUACGCGCUGUCUCUGUUAUCGUGUGAUUACGUGCAUUUAUUGAUGUUUGAAGGAAAAAUCUCAGCUGAAAAGAAAAUCAUUACCACCCAUCGCGCCCUCCCCGCGCCAGCCAGUGCGAAGCACCUUUUUUAGUACCCCCGUACCUUACCUGUGCGGGCAGACCCUGUGAAACGGAUUACCGGAAAGUUGUUGUGACAAAAAAAAAUUAAAUAAAAAAGAUCGCGCGCGGUGGCAGAGUGCAAAUCGAAUUUCCAAAAGUGGCCCUGGCUGUGUUCAGUCGCGAAUAAAAGUGGCUACGAAUUAGGCAAAAACCGAGCAUAUAUCAUCGAGCACAGGUGUAUGUAGAAGAAACUCUCGACCCCCGGGAAUCAGUGGAGCAAAUCCAAUUAAGAUUCGAGCAACAAGGCUUCAGUAGUUCAGUUUAGUGUGUAUUUAGAAACUAGUGAACAGAAACAGUUAAUCUAAAUCAUGACUAAAGCUGUUCGCUGCCUGCUGGUUUUCCUUCUGCUAGGACUAGCCAAAGCCAACAAUGAUGCGGUUACUGAAGAACUUUCACCAGAUCAUGUGCGGGAGUUCCAGUGCGGGAAGUUCUACUAUCGAACGUUUUACCUGGACGAGGAACGGGACUCUCUCUACGUGGGAGCGAUGGACCGAGUGUUCAGGUUAAAUCUGAAAAACAUCAGCAUGACAUUAUGUGAGCGAGAUGCAAUCGUACUUGAUCCGUCCAGCUCGGACAUCCGGAACUGUGUGUCCAAAGGCAAAAGCGAGAUGUUCGACUGUAAAAAUCACAUACGAGUAAUUCAGCCGAUGGACAGCGGAAAUCGGUUGUACAUCUGCGGUACCAACGCACAUAACCCGAAGGACGUGGUGAUCUAUUCUAAUCUCACACAUCUACCGCGGUCGGAGUUCGUGCCCGGAAUUGGUCUGGGCAUCGCGAAAUGCCCGUACGACCCACUGGAUAACUCGACCGCCAUCUACGUGCAGCAGGGCAAUCCCGGAGAUUUAGCCGCGCUGUAUUCCGGAACCAAUGCCGAGUUCACCAAAGCCGACACGGUGAUAUUCCGAACCGAUCUGUACAACAUGACGACCGGCAAGAAGGUGUUCAACUUUAAGCGCACCCUGAAAUAUGACUCCAAGUGGCUUGAUAAACCGAACUUCGUGGGCACGUUUGAUAUUGGCGAGUACGUGUACUUCUUUUUCCGAGAAACGGCCGUCGAAUACAUCAAUUGCGGCAAAGCGGUAUACUCUCGGAUCGCACGAGUCUGCAAGAAGGACACCGGCGGCAAAAACAUUCUCAACCAGAACUGGGCUACCUACUUGAAGGCAAGACUCAACUGCAGUAUCUCCGGCGAAUUUCCGUUCUAUUUCAACGAAAUCCAGGAUGUGUAUCAACUGCCAACGGACAGAAGUAAAUUCUACGCUACGUUCACCACCAGCACCAACGGUUUGGUUGGAUCAGCCGUUUGCAGUUUUGACAUUGGGGAGGUGCAUGCUGCCUUUGCAGGCAAAUUCAAGGAGCAAGCAACAUCCAACUCCGCCUGGCUUCCGGUGCUGAAUUCGAAGAUUCCGGAUCCCCGGCCGGGCACGUGCGUCAACGACACAUCCACCCUGCCGGACUCGGUGCUGAACUUCAUCCGCUCCCACCCGCUAAUGGACAAGGCCGUCAACCACGAGCACAACAAUCCGGUCUUCUACAAGCGCGAUCUGGUCUUCACCAAGCUGGUUGUAGACAAAAUCAAAAUUGAUAUCCUAAACCAGGAGUAUACGGUCUACUACAUCGGUACGAACGUGGGUCGCAUCUAUAAAAUUGUUCACUACCUGUCGAACGGAGAGUCCAAGUCCAAACUGUUGGAUAUUUUCGAAAUAGCUCAGAACGAAGCCAUCCAGGUUAUGGAGAUCAGCCAAUCGCGCAAGUCACUGUACGUGGCGACCGAUUAUCGCGUCAAGCAGGUCGAUUUGGCGAUGUGCAAUCGACGUUACGACAGCUGCUAUCGGUGCGUUAAGGAUCCGUACUGCGGCUGGGACAAGGACACAAGCACAUGCAAACCAUACGAGCUGGGAUUGCUGCAGGACGUAGGCAACGAAACGUACGACAUUUGCGAUACCAGCGUGCUGAAGAAGAAAAUCAUCGUUACUUAUGGGCAAAGUGUCCACCUGGGGUGCUUCGUGAAGGUGCCGGAGAUACUGAAGGACCAAUCGGUCACGUGGUAUCACCAUUCGAAGGAGAAGGGACGCUACGAGAUCAAAUACAAUCCGACAAAGUAUAUCGAAACCACGGAACGUGGACUGGUUGUGAUUUCGGUGAACGAAGCCGACGGCGGUCGGUACGAUUGCCAUCUUGGGGGGUCACUUCUCUGUAGCUACAAUAUAACGGUGGAUGCACACAGGUGUACUCCACCGAACAAAAGCAACGACUAUCAGAAAAUCUACUCCGAUUGGUGCCACGAGUUUGAGAAGUACAAAUCGGCGAUGAAGACCUGGGAAAAGAAGCAAGCACAAUGUUCAUCCAAGCAAAACUUCAGCAAUCAGCAUCCCAACGAUGUUUUCCAACGCAAUCCCAACGUCUGAUAUCAAGGACCAAACAUUGACACUUCAACAUCGAAUAGCUUGUCCACUACCUUUGGUAGGGUACUACAAUCAACUAAAUGAACUGUGAUACCCUUAAUGAUCCAAUAAUAAGCAAGGAAAAUAAGAAAAUUGGAAGUAAACAAAUAAAAAAAAAAACAGUAGGAAAACGUUGUACAGUAAGCGAAACAAAAAAAAAUUGCUGGAACAAAUCUCAUCUAUGCUUGGCGAUUCGUGACGAACUUUCGUCCGAACCUGUUAAGGAAAUUUUCGUUAUUAUUUUGUUUGAAAAAUUGUAACAAACAAAGCAAAACAGACAAAAAAUAUUACUAGCCAAAUUCCAACGAGCUUGCGAGAGAUCAUCUUACCCCGGAAUAAAUCAUAGAGGUUGUCACUUUUUUCAUUCUAUCUGGACGUCAGUAGAGCAUCGCGUAGCGUUUUAAGAUUGUAGAACGCCUCUAUUCCUGACCCCGAAUGUAAAUAAUGCACGCUAGACGACUUCCGCACCGCUAGAGAAAGCAGACGUUACUGAACAACGGAGAUUACAUAUAUACCUUUAGUUUAUGUUUUAUUUCACUUUAACUAACAAUUGAAACGUAGCUAAGAGAUAGAUAACAAACUAGCAUUUUAUCAAAGGAAAAGCAAUUCAAUGUAAUGAACCUCAAGAUCCCAGGAGGUCCAGUGAACGAACAAAAAUAACACGUAAGACAAAUCAGUCCGCAAAUACAUAAACAACCUUAUAGCCGAUAUGCCAUAUAGCCCCUGAAUCCCCUAAACUCUGUAUAAGCAGGAACCUUUAGUCGAGUAAAAGAAAAAAAAAACAACAGAAAACAAAAACUAAUAACGCUUUGAUAGUCCAUUUCCCCGGUAGCAUCCACUUCAUCCCACAUGCAUAAACAAACGAAAAAAAAUCUCUUCAACUUAGUAGAACUCACUUCUUCACACAACAUCGAGAUCGAAUGUACGUGUGUGCGAAUAGAGCAAUUUUAUGACAAACGCCGUGAAAAGCGAACAUUGACAGCAAAAACAACAACAACAACAACCAAACAAAACAAAACAAAAAAUUAAAAAUAAAGAAAGGAAGCAAACAAAAAAACCAACAAUAAACAGCAAACCGAUUCAGUGGACGGUGUUUUGGUGCGAACCGAUAUAAUGCAAUACCC